GUGGGUUCUGUGUUAGUGGCGUGUUUACGUUUCACUUCCCGAUAGCUGUUGGUUUGUGACAUGCCUUCCCGUACGCGGCUUGUCCAAUUACGGUUUUAACUUGAAUCGGAUUUUUAAUAGCAGUUUCUACAGAUUGAAUAUUCCAAUUUUGUUCACCGGGACGAUGUUGAAACACUGUACCACGUACCGAGACGUCAAGAAAUCCAAGUCACUGCCUUCCCUCGCCCAGGCGGACGACUCGGUAUGGGAAAAUAACGAUAACUGCGGCUCCAUCCGGGUACAUGCCAGUAUACUGCGGAAAGAAUGGGAGUACAAGACAUUCGUUGUUACCACGGAAACCACCAGCAAAGACCUGAUUAAAAUGGUGUUAUACAAAUAUAGAUUGGAAACCCACGACCCGAAUCUUUAUUACCUGACCAUGGAAACGGGAAUCUCAAAACCAGAUCCAAAUGUUUCGACGGCCAUAUUACUGGAAGACGACACAAAGCCAUUGCUCCUGCAAAUGUGUCAACCAUCAGAAACGACAAGAUUUUCUUUGAAGAUCAAGAGAGGAGCAAUUAUCAAAGUGUACGGCGAGAUAUUGGACCCGGAGAUGCCGUACAAGACAAUGCAUGUGUGUGAAAGCACACACAGCAAAGAAAUAGUACGACUCUCUCUGCUCAAGUAUAAAUGCAAAGAACAGGCCACUGAUUUUCAACUCUGUGAAUAUUCAGUUGAAACCGGCUUUACGUCCAUGCCUCUAAGAGCCGAGUACCUGCCGUUGAGUUGUUCAAAGAAGACGCCUGGACCUAAAACAUUCAAGUUACGUCGCCGAGACAAGUCGUCGAAGUGUCUAGAGGACGAGGAAAACUAUGAAAGACGGGAAGAUAAAAUACACAUUGCCAUGGUAAAGAUGCAGAAAGAACAAUACAUUAAACGAUGGGUCAAUACAUCCCAACCUGUCAAUGCCCACUACACCCCAUAUACUUCUACAGAAGGUACUAAUGGUCACUUAAGAAAAUGUCACCAAUACGUCAAAAAGGGUGAUCCCAUAGCUCCGAAGAAGACUGCCAUGCAAAUAGAGAAACAAGAAUGUAUGAAAAACAGUAAGUCUUUCUCGCAUUUGGAUCAAAACAAGGCACCUCCGGUAACCAGAAAUGACCAUUACGCUACAAGUUACUCUAAAACAAACUUUUCCACAGUGUAUCACCCACAUCCAGAAAAUGCCCGGACAAGACAACCUAUACAUAAUUAUUUAUCCGCAGCAUCUUCUGUGGAAGAUGACAAGAGACAGCAUUAUACAGUGGACAGGACACAAUCACUGUCAUUGGGAGCUAUUGAAAGAGUGCCAUCAGUAACAUCUUCCGUAGAAUCUGACAUGAGACAUUAUACAGUGGACAGAACAAACUCACUGCCUUCAAACUCCAUUGAAGGAGCUGUACCAGGAUGUCAAGAUCAUUAUGUACAAAAUGCACUCACUAAGACAAAUAUGCAUGUGGAAAUAAGGCGGAAUAAGAACCACAUUUCUGAAGCUAAUGUACACAGAAAACAUAUACCAAACGAAAAAGUCCGUCCUAGAUCAUGCUACACAGACUUUUCACAGAAAAUGCAUAACAUAAAUACAGAUCCAAGGACAGGAUUGAGGUGUUCUGAUGGCGUCCAGCCAAGAGAGUCUCAUAUUGUAAAUUCAACACAGGUGGCCACAAUCGCACGGCAAAACUCAACAGGGAUGCCUCAAUCUGGUUUUCGGCCACGGUGUUCGACAAUGCCUGUCAAAACAUUCGAAUCUGGGAACCAGCAUCAGGAUAUUAAAUAUGCCAAUGAACAAGUAGUUGACAUUUGUGAGGGACCUCGUAAGCCAAUCAAAAUCUCCAGACAACCUGUCCUUCAAAAACGUCCAAUUCCGAUGGUGCGACCAUUUGAGAAAUCAACAAUCAAGAAGUGUCAAUCUCUGCCUCAUUUUGAUACUUAUCAUUCAUCUUUGAAACCAAUCCUAGAAACUCUACAUGGAUACACCAUUCUCAAUGUUGUUGUCUUGAGACGACACCUGAAUGGUGCACACAGAGGCUGGGGAAUUCGCCUGACUGUGUCUUCUGUAACAUCUUCUCAAAGGCCAACUAGAAGGUCAGUUUAUCAGUCAUCAACUACAUCUGAGUCAUCGAUGGAGACUGAAUCAGAUACAGACACUGAAGAUGCUGGAGGUUUUGUAUGCGUCGCUGAACUUGGAAGGAACCUUAUUGGCAGGCAGAGUGAUUUACAGAUUGGAGAUCUAAUUUUACAGGUGAGGUUAUUCAUACCUGACUUUAGAUCAUACCUGAAAUUUAUGCAAUUUCGGUGCUGUACUGAUAUUCAAAAGACGCUUUAUUCUGCACGCACCAGAGUGACUUCAUAA